ACAACUGUUACCAAUUUUAAAUAAACAAACACAACAGUUCCAAAUAGAACAUAUUCGAUUUCCCGCAUCAGUUCACGAAAUGACGAUGAUAUUCGGCAUUAUGGACAAAUUGAUGGAUAUUGUCGAAUAUUCAGUAUAUCAUUGCUUUGUACAAUUUGAACAAGCUGAGGUCUUUAGACCAACAUUAAAGUCUCCAAUUUUGCGAGCAAUAACGACGGAGACAGCUAACCGAAAACGUAAGAACCAUCAUCAGCAUGUUCGAUAUUAAACCCUCUUCGCUUUACGUCCCUACUAUCAAUAAAAAUGCUUAUCUUGAC